GCUAGCGGGCGGGGGAGGAGCGCUGGGUCCCGUGUACUGCACCGUGGAACAGCCCCGUCCAGACCGUGAAGCUGGGCGGCUGCAGUUUACCACUGUACUGAGGAAGAAAAAAAAGGUCAGCCGUAACUUCAACCCGAAUGAAGGUUCCUAUUUUGGUGUUUUUCAUACCGCCUCUUUGGAAGAACAUCUCGACUAAAACUUUGGCUUUUGAUAUGCCAAACUAGUUUUGUGGGAGCUUGUGGACAAGAGGACAGCGAAAAAGAUGAGCACCAAGAGGAAGGCCGAGAGUCUCCUGAGGGCGACAAACCGACCUUGCAUCAUGAAGUGCGGAGGCUCCCAGGUGGAUUCAGAAAGAGACUCCGGAUUCUCAGACGCCAGCUCAGAACACCUGAGCACCAUGGACACCACGGACUCUGAGGACUCUCCUCAGCCUGGAGGACGGCAAAGGGCGCAGGCUGCAGGUUCAGGCCCAAAGCCCUCCCCGCUGGCCGUGGUUGGAGGCUCCUACUCUGGACUCUCGCCUAUGAUCAUAAUGAACAAUGUUGUGCUCAAGCAGCCUGUGGAGAACCCGCCCUCUCUGAAGCCGUGGGGCUUCAGCCCCGCUGUGGAAGUGGUGCAGCCCGUGGGGCCGCAGCCGCAGGUGGUCUUUCUGCAGCCGGUGGUCUCCCGCCAAGCCUCCAAGGAGGCCGCCUCCAAGCACAGACGCUCUAAAAAGUAUCUUCCAAUCUUAAAGUCCUACCCUAAGAUCGCCCCUCAUCCUGGGGACAGCUCUACUUCCUCAGGAAGAGGAACCGCUUCUUCUUCUUCCUCCUCCUCUUCAUCUUCAUCGGGUUCAGAGAAAUGUAGCUCGUUGACCUCCAACCUUUGGGAACAAUGUCAGAGGGAGAAGGUGCAGAGAUCUCUGUGUAGCAGCACCAGCAACUCCGGAGCUGCUUCCCCUAGUCUUCCUGGUACUCCCAGUACUCCCAGCACCAUGUCCCCGCUUCUCCAGAGCAGACUCUCCCUGCCCGCAGCAGAAACCAGCAGCGCCACGCCCGCCGCGGAGAGGCCUUCGUCGGCUUCCGAUGCCCUGCCCUUCGGUCACUCAGAGAACCAGGCGCUCACGCUGGACUGCAUCUCCUCUCUGGAGUGCAGCGCGAGCGACGGCAACCCAGACACCAAGAGGAAGCGCUUCUGCAACACGUACAACAUCCUGAGCAAGUCGGGCCUGCUGGACAUCACGCUCCGCACCAAGGAGCUGCUCCGGCAGAACCAAAGCACGCAGAACGAGCUGGACCGGUUGAAGAAGCACACGGACCUGUUCCUCCAGGCACUGCAGAGCGGGGACACCAGCGUCUGCAUGAAGCUGCUCACCAGUCUCCAGGAGGAGGACAGGGACAGAGCUGCUCAGCUGUGAGCCGGUAGACUCAGGAAGACCAGGACGUGCGGGGGAGGGGAGGGGAGGGGAGGGGGGUGAGGCACUGCGCGGCAGAUGGGCUGAAAGUAAUGCGCUCUACAUUAGCGACCCCUCCCCCAGACGCACAGACACACUGUGGCCUACAUUUCAGCAGUCAUUUGCCUUCAGGUCGCUUCCUGAUGCACCAAACUAACCUAAAAAUCAUCAAAGCACUUGUCCGCUUACACUCUACUCAUACAAUGUUCCGUAACACUGUAGCUGGAUCCCGCAAAUUUCUUUCACUAAUGCGUCUGAGGAACAGAUUCAGUCCAAAGUCUUCUUGCAAUGCACAAAAAGAAUUUCUGAUAUAUUUAGUUAAUUAAAGCAUCAACAAACGUUAAUUACUACAGACUCCAAAACUCAACUUUCUAGAACCUUUUUAUCUAACCAGGUUGUAAAAGAAUUCAUUUUAACUAUGUGCUAAAAAACUGGGUUGUGUUUAUUAGGGAUGCACCGAUCCACUUUUUUUCACUUCCAAUACAGAUUCUGAUAUGAGAUUUAGUCGAGACCGUUUCUGAUACAGAAAAUCAGAUGGAUUGACUUAAAACAUUUCUUUCUUUUAAACAUAAACAUAAAUAUACUGAAUUACAAAUUUAUUAGAUAACUCUGUACCAGCACAUCUCACAUAAAUGCAUCAAUAGCUUCAUAAUUUUAAUUUGUUCAGUUAGUGCAAUUAGGAGUAUAACUGAUGAUGUAAAAUAAAGAAACUUAUACAAUA